AUGGCGGCUUUAAAGGAAUUACUGCCUCCGGUGAAAUCAACUACCACAACUUAUUAUGAUCAUUCCAAUGAUCCGUGGUUCAAGCAGAGGUUUAGUUCAUCCGAGGUGGAACAAUCUGCUGCUGCUGCUGCAAUUAAGCAUAACCCCGUGCCUCCUUACUUGCAGCGUAAGGGUUUUGUUCCCCGGAAAGUUGAGGAUUUCGGUGAUGGGGGUGCUUUUCCAGAGAUUCAUGUUGCCCAAUACCCGCUGGAUAUGGGUAGGAAUAAGUCUGCAAAACCUGGGUCGAAGAUUUUGGCUUUGACUGUUGAUGCUCAUGGAAAUGUUGCUUAUGAUGCGAUUGUCAAGCAGAAUGAGAAUGCCAAGAAGAUUGUGUAUUCGCAGCAUAAGGAUUUGAUUCCGAAGUUGUUGAAGAGUGAGGAAGAGGGAGAUGAGGAUGAGGAUGAGGAAUUGCAGAAAGAGAUUGAGGAGACUACGCUGGAAACAAAAACUGCGCUUGAAAAGAUUGUUAAUGUCAGGUUGAGUGCAGCGCAGCCAAAGAAUGUUCCCAAACAGUCUUCGGAUUCGAAGUAUAUCAAGUAUAAGCCUUCACAGCAGUCGGCAGCUUUUAACUCGGGUGCCAAAGAGAGGAUUAUUAGAAUGGUGGAGAUGCCAGUGGACCCACUUGAGCCACCUAAGUUCAAGCAUAAGAGGGUUCCCAAGGCUUCGGGAUCACCACCUGUGCCAGUUAUGCACUCACCACCUCGGCCUGUGACUGUUAAAGAUCAGCAGGAUUGGAAAAUCCCACCUUGUAUCUCAAAUUGGAAGAAUCCUAAGGGUUACACAAUUCCUCUUGAUAAGCGUCUGGCUGCUGAUGGAAGAGGUUUGCAGGAUGUUCAGAUAAAUGAUAAUUUUGCUAAGCUAUCAGAGGCCCUUUAUGUUGCUGAGCAAAAGGCUAGAGAAGCCGUUGCUAUGAGAUCCAAGGUUCAAAAGGAGAUGAUGAUGAAGGAGAAGGAAAGGAAAGAGCAGGAGUUGCGGGCAUUAGCACAUAAAGCCCGUUCUGAGAGAACUGGUGCAGCUCCCCCACCUUCUGCUCCAGUUCCAUCAGAGAGGGGUGCAAUGGAUGAUGUUGACAUGAGAGGGGAUUAUGAGCAUGUGAAGGAAAGGGAGAGGGAUGCCCCAAGGGAGACAAGGGAAGAAAGGGAAGAGAGGCUGCGGCGUGAGAAAAUUCGUGAGGAGCGUCGUCGAGAAAGGGAGAGAGAAAGAAGAUUGGAAGCAAAAGAUGCUGCAAUGGGUAAGAAGAGCAAGAUCACAAGAGAUAGAGAUCGUGAUGUGAGUGAGAAGGUUGCUCUUGGUAUGGCCUCGACUGGUGCUGGAAGAGGGGGAGAAGUUGCAUAUGAUCAAAGGUUGUUCAACCAAGAGAAAGGAAUGGAUUCUGGUUUUGCCACUGAUGAUCAAUACAACGUGUAUGACAAAGGCCUUUUUACAGCUCAGCCCACACUUUCAACUCUGUACCGGCCAAAGAAAGAUGUUGAUGCUGAUAUGUAUGGAGGUGCAGAUGAGCAAUUAGAUAAGAUUAUGAAGACCGAACGAUUCAAACCUGACAAGGAAUUUGGUGGUACUUCACAGAGGACUGGUCCACGUGACAGGCCAGUUGAGUUUGAGAAGGAUGAAGAAGAAGCUGAUCCAUUUGGCUUGGAUCAGUUCUUGACUGAAGUGAAGAAGGGUAAGAAAGCCAUGGAGAAAGUUGGUUCUGGUGGCACAAUGAGAGCUAGUGGAGGAUCUUCAACACGAGAUGGCCAUGAUGGGGGAUCUGGUAGAACUCGUAUUGGAUUCGAGAGGGGGCGUUAG